UUCUCUCGAGGCAUAAUGCUGGUGUAUGCAGUGAUAUUGGUAGUGUGGAUGCGACCCGCUGUGGGAGAGGGGACGCUGGUAGUGCACGCGCCGGCGGGCAGCAUCCGCGGUGUGCCGGCCCCAGACGGGGACUACGUCAUGUUCCUUGGCAUACCCUACGCCAGAGUCAACGCCAGCAAUCCCUUCGGAGCGGCCAUCCCGCACGAGAAAUUCGACAAAGUAUUUGAUGCUUCCGAGGAAUCGCCAGUAUGUCCGCAGCUCAAGGAAGAAUUUAAUUUAAAAAAGAAACGCAAAAGUGCAUACGACGGCACCCUCGACUGCCUCCGACUCAACAUAUUCGUGCCGAAAUCGGAGACGAAAAACAAGGCUGCUUAUAUUUAUGUAUACGGGGGAAUGUUUAAAUACGGUCACAGCCUAAUGGAGAUCUACGGACCUAAAUAUCUCGUGCGGCACGAUAUCAUAAUGGUCACAUUUAAUUUUAGAAGCGGCCCGUACGGUUUCAUGUGCACGGACAUCCCCGAGAUACCCGGCAACCAGGGUCUCCGGGACCAGUACGCUGCCAUCGAGUGGGUCAGAGACAACAUCCGCGCGUUCGGAGGUGAUCCGCAAAAGCUCACCCUCGGCGGCCACAGCUCCGGCUCCAUUCUGGUCGACACGCACCUGCUGACCGAUCGGCCCAGGCUGUUCCAGCAGGCUAUCCUGCAGAGCGGGUCCAACAUGUACCCGGGCUUCCUUCACCGUUCCGAUCCGACGAGGCUCCUCAGUAUCGCUAGUGAUCUCGGCUUUGAAACUAACGACACGUCCUCUGCUCUAUCGUUCCUGGCCUCAGCGAGUCCCAAAUCUGUUAUUGAAGCUUCAGAGAAGGGGAGCGACCUUCUGGAUAUAGUUCACCGUUUCUAUGUGGACGACGCAGAUCGCGAAAUAGAUAAAUAUGCAAUUAUUGAUAUGAUUUCUGAUUAUAGUCACUUGUACCCGAUGCAACGACAGAUGAUCAAGUAUGCAAAGCACAGGAACACGAGUGUGUAUCUCUACUUGUUUUCUUAUAGUGGUCAUCUAAAUAGAAUGAAAAAUGCUUUAAAUAUAACAGAAGGCGGAGCGGCCCACUCGGAUGAGCUGGGGUACAUGUUCACCAUGGAUUUUAUUCCGGAUACUACAUAUAGAGCAGAACAACUCAUGAUCGACCGAAUGACCACGUUAUGGGCCAACUUUGUUAAAUACGGGAAUCCAACGCCUGUGAAGUCUGAGCUGCUGCCGGUGUCUUGGCCGCCGCUGACCGCGGACUCCGUACCGUGUCUCCAGAUAGACACCAACAUGACCGUCAUCUCUCGUCCCUUCCGCAGAAGAAUGGCGUUCUGGGAUCUAUUAUUUGAUGCGCAUUUGGACGAGAUUCUGAUGGCACGUGCAUAGGAGUGAUUCGCAAUUAUUUACG